CUCAGAGAACUUUACCUUUUGUGGAGAAAGCGCGCAGCCCCGCGAAACAGCUGCGGUUUGGAGCACAGAUACACCUGCUGAGGUACAGAUAUACACCUGACACACCCGAGACUCACCUGCACAGAAAUGGAAGACGACAUUGCUGCCCUGGUUGUUGACAAUGGCUCCGGCAUGUGCAAGGCCGGUUUCGCCGGUGACGACGCCCCCCGCGCCGUCUUCCCCUCCAUCGUCGGACGCCCCAGACAUCAGGGUGUGAUGGUGGGAAUGGGACAGAAGGACAGCUACGUGGGAGACGAAGCCCAGAGCAAGAGAGGCAUCCUGACCCUGAAGUACCCCAUCGAGCACGGCAUCGUCACCAACUGGGACGACAUGGAGAAGAUCUGGCAUCACACCUUCUACAAUGAGCUCCGUGUUGCACCUGAGGAGCAUCCAGUCCUGCUGACUGAAGCUCCACUCAACCCCAAGGCCAACAGGGAGAAGAUGACACAGAUCAUGUUCGAGACCUUCAACUCUCCUGCCAUGUAUGUGGCCAUCCAGGCCGUCCUGUCCCUGUACGCCUCCGGUCGUACCACAGGUAUUGUGAUGGAUUCCGGUGACGGUGUCAGCCACACUGUGCCCAUCUACGAGGGUUAUGCUCUGCCUCACGCCAUCAUCCGUCUGGAUCUGGCUGGCAGAGAUCUGACCGACUAUAUGAUGAAGAUCCUCACUGAGAGAGGCUACAGUUUCACCACCACUGCCGAGCGUGAGAUCGUGCGCGACAUUAAGGAGAAGCUAUGCUACGUGGCUCUGGACUUCGAGCAGGAGAUGCAGACGGCAGCUUCCUCUUCCUCUCUGGAGAAGAGCUACGAGCUUCCCGACGGACAGGUGAUCACCAUCGGCAACGAGCGGUUCCGCUGCCCAGAGACUCUGUUCCAGCCUUCAUUCAUCGGAAUGGAGUCGGCUGGUGUCCACGAGACGACCUACAACAGCAUCAUGAAGUGCGACGUGGACAUCCGUAAGGACCUGUACGCCAACACCGUGCUGUCCGGUGGCACCACCAUGUUCCCCGGCAUCGCUGACCGCAUGCAGAAGGAGAUCUCCGCCCUGGCCCCACCCACCAUGAAAAUCAAGAUCAUCGCUCCCCCAGAGAGGAAGUACUCCGUCUGGAUCGGCGGCUCCAUCCUGGCCUCCCUCUCCACCUUCCAGCAGAUGUGGAUCAGCAAGCAGGAGUACGACGAGUCCGGCCCCGGGAUUGUCCACCGCAAGUGCUUCUAGAAAGCUCCACGUCUUCCUCCUCUGCCCCACAUGCUUUUUAACCUUUCCAUCCAACUAACUCGGCCGGUCUCUGGUUCCUCUUGAGUGAACAGACUAAAAGAUACGAAAUGCCACACACAAGAUGAAUCAAGAGACUGUUUACAUUUUAAUCUCUCAGCUCAGCAGAUCCUCAACAACUCCUACAAACUCCAUUUCUGAACAUGUUCCUCUAACUCUGCUCACAACUUUCACUCCUUCUGGUGAUUAACUACUGAUGAUCAAAGAAAACAAACAGUAUUAUCACUGAACAUCUCUUUCUACCCGUGUCUUUCUACCUCUAACAACUGAAUGCAAUAUUCAGCUUUUCUCCUCAUCCGUUCUGUCGAUUUUGACUCUUUCAGAAUCGAGUUGUAUCAAUAUUCAACAGGAGUGUUUCCUGAUCAAUAAAAUGCCAACUGUUGACAACU